AUGAAAUCGCACAGCCUUGUUCCCAAGAGAGUCCUGGACGUCUUUGGAAUCAACCGCGAGGCGCCGCUCAAGGCGCUCCCCGGUGGCAGUCUCGUCUGCUACCUGGCUGGCGCGGACGUCGUCUUCCGGCCAUCCGAAGACGAUGCUGAAUCGGAGCAAAUCGCCCAAAUCAUCACGAAAUUGAGGGGAAUCAUGCCAGCCGGCGCAGGAUACCGCGUAAGCCGGCCCAUUCCCGUGGCGUCGUGUCCGACGCAGUUCGUUUGCGACGGCUGGACGGCGUGGUCGUUCUUGUCAGGCCAAGGACGGGACACGACCGUCUGGUCCGAGUCGCUGGACGCAUGCCGCGCAUUUCACAGGGAUAUCGUACGCAUCGGCCUCGACAAGCCCGAGUUCCUCGACCGUCGGCUGAACCGCUUCCGCCAGGCGGAUCGGGUCGCGUGGGGGGAGACAGCGCUGGAGAUGCUGCCAAAGGUGACAGAUCAAAAUGUGCUCUCGCGAAUAAGACGCCCACUUGCAAGGCUUGCGGAACUCAAACGGCCGUUUGAGAGCCCGCUGUCGGAGCAGCUGGUCCACGGCGAUAUCGGCGGGAACAUACUGUUCGAGAGCGGCGGCCAGCCGCCCGGUAUUAUCGACAUGACGUUUUACUGGCGCCCGGCCGGGUACGCCGCUGCGAUCAUGGUCGCUGACGGGCUGCUGUGGGAGAAGGAGGGUGAGAAGCUUGUCAGAAUGUACGGUACGGAUGCAGACAGCACUCAGCUCCUCGUGAGAGCGCUACUUUUCCGUAUUGUGACUUGGGCGAUUGACUUGCCGGUGAUGAGUGAGUCUUCUGACCGACAGUGGGGGGAGAGAAUGCUUCCGCUCGUGGACUUUGAUGGUGCCGUUGAUACUGUCAGUAAAUUUGUUGUCUAG